GCAUGGGCAGCAUAACAACGGCGCACUCAAUUCUGGAACUCCCCCUUCCCCAUUGUCCUCACGCCACAGCAGCCAGGACAGUUUGCACAAGAACAAUUUCUCCAGCGUCGGGCUGCCUAUUGGACAAUUAUCGACAUCACAUCUGCACAUGCAAUCAACCAUCAGCUCCGCCACGGCGGCUGCGGUCGCAGCUGCGCAAAAAAAGAAAGGCAUUAAGAGUAGCCUCGGUAGAUUUUUCAGCAAAAAAGAAAAGAUCAAAGGGAAAGAUACAGCAAUACCAGGGGAUAUACCAGGUAUGGGAGGUGCAAGUACACCAGCUGAUUCAGACUAUGGAGAUAGUGUAUGUGUGGCUGGUACACUUGGAAGUAAAAGCGAUUUUGAUCGUAGGAAAAAGAAGAGCAUGUUGGACUCCUCGCGACACGAGCUUUUAGCAGAAGCAAUGAAAGCCGGAACGCCCUUCGCUUUAUGGAAUGGACCAACGGUAGUCGCCUGGUUAGAACUUUGGGUGGGCAUGCCGACGUGGUAUGUCGCUGCUUGCCGAGCAAAUGUCAAAAGUGGUGCUAUCAUGAGUGCUCUUAGCGAUACCGAAAUUCAACGAGAGAUUGGUAUAAGCAAUCCUUUGCAUCGAUUAAAACUGAGACUAGCCAUUCAAGAGAUGGUGUCGCUUACGAGUCCAUCAGCGCCGAAAACUUCUCGCACAACAUUAGCAUUUGGUGAUAUGAAUCACGAGUGGAUUGGUAACGUCUGGUUACCGAGUCUCGGACUGCCUCAAUACCGAUCCACUUUUAUGGAGUGCCUUGUUGAUGCUAGAAUGCUUGAUCAUCUUACAAAAAAGGAUCUUCGUGGUCAGCUGAGAAUGGUUGACAGUUUUCAUAGAACAAGUUUGCAGUACGGUAUUUCCUGCUUAAAACGACUAAAUUAUGAUAGACAACAAUUAGAGGAAAGAAGACGAGUAGCAGAAGGUGCCAAUAUAGAUGUACUCGUUUGGAGUAAUGAUCGUGUCAUAAGAUGGGUACAAUCGAUUGGUUUGAAGGAAUAUGGAAAUAAUCUCUUAGAAUCGGGUGUGCAUGGUGCGCUCAUAGCCCUAGAUGAAAGUUUUGAUGCAAAUAGUUUUGCACUAACUUUACAGAUUCCUACACAAAAUACACAGGCAAGACAAUUGUUAGAGAUGGAAUUUUCUAAUCUCUUAUCAAUAGCGACGGAAAGACGUCUGGAUGAGAAUAGUCUGAAAUCCUGAUCCAUCUCAUCAAGUCGGCUGGCUCAUAUUCAACCACAUCAUGUCUAGUCCAAAACCCCAGCUAUUGCUAUUAUCUAUGCGCAAGUGUGUUAUAAAAAUUAUAAGAGCUUUAAGUAUCACGCUAGGAAUAUCUUCAUAUUGUUAUGACAAAUGUAACAUUUGGUAACAUUGAGAUGUGUUUUGACAUAAGCUGUUAUGAUAAGUUUACACGAUACAUUCGAUAUUUAAGGAUUUCAUCUAAUCGAUUUUUAUGCCGCAUACACGCCACAAGCAUUAUAUACUUUUUAUGAUAAAGAAGAUAAGAGGCAGUUAUUUCGAGCAGUUUUUCAUAUAGAUAUUGAAAUGUAGCAGACAAAUUAUUGGAUUACUAGACACGGAAAAGAAUAAUAUAGCACUCUCCUUAAAAGCACGAGAUACCAAUUGCAGACUAUUACGACAAUAAUUCUCUCUGAGUUAGUCUGAUUUGUUAAUAAAGUCGAUAAGCUUCAGUAUUAUGAUAUCAUGUAAUAGAGUGUAUUUGUUGUACGACUUGAUAUAACAACGUGUGUACUUAUAAUAUUCAAUAAAUAUUUA